AUGUCUCCAACAGCCCCCAACAGCCCACCUCGCGCGCCUCCAGCCAAGUACCACACCCCCUUGGGCACGCGCUGGCAGAAGGAGAAGGCGGCUGCCGGGAGCGGCGCGUUCGACUACCCCGAGGACGCCAAGUAUGUCGGACCGUGGGUCAUCGGCGAGUGCGUCGGGAAGGGCGCGAGCGGGCACGUGAAGAUAGCGCGGCACCGGCGGACGGGGCAGCUAGCGGCUGUAAAGAUUCUGCCACUGCAGCCGUUCGUGAAUUCGCGCGCGUCGCUCGCGAGCAAGGCCAAGUCAGACAAGCAGCGGCUCGGCGUCGACCGCGAGAUCACGAUGAUGAAGCUCAUGAACCACCCGAACAUCAUGCGCAUCUACGACGUGUACGAGGGCGAGAUGGAGCUGUACCUCAUCCUUGAGUAUGUCGAGGGCGGCGAGCUCUUCGACUUUCUCGUCAACCGCGGCAAGCUCCCCCCGCUCGAGGCCCUCGCCUAUUUCAAGCAGAUUAUCUAUGGGUUGAACUAUGCACACACAUUUUCUAUCAUCCACCGUGAUCUCAAGCCUGAGAACAUCCUAAUUCAUUCACUCAAUCCCCCGCUCAUCAAGAUUGCAGAUUGGGGCAUGGCUGCGUUCGCUCCACCUACUCUGCAGCUGGAGACCAGCUGCGGGAGCCCCCACUACGCCAGCCCAGAAAUUGUCAAUGGGCACAAGUACUGCGGGACGGCAACCGACAUCUGGAGCUGCGGCGUGAUCUUGUACGCCCUGCUCACCGGCCGCCUUCCAUUCGACGACAAGAACGUCAGGACGCUCUUGGGCAAGGUCAAACUGGGCAAGUAUGACAUGCCGAGCUUCGUCGACCCGCUUGCCAAGGACCUCCUGUCGCGCAUGCUCGUCGUUGACGUCUCGAGGAGAAUAUCUAUGGCUGAAAUAUUGGCGCACCCGUGGCUCGAGGGAUUGACGCCGGGCAUCACUUAUGUUCCGGCGCCAUCAGUCUCGGAGCUGGCGCAGCCGCUGCCUUCCGCACUCCAUAUCGACCGUGACCUAUUCGAGUCUCUCUGUGUCAUCUGGGGGCGCCACGCAGACAUCGAGGGUAUCCGAGCGGACCUGCUGAGCGUCCCUGGCCGAGGCACUCUCGCGAAAGCGUUCUAUUUUCUUCUGCAGAAGCACCGCGAGAAGGCGAUGGAGGAACACGGGAUCCUUAUGGACAUUGACGAGAUCUUCAACGCGGCCGGCAAGGUCGUCACGAAACAGUACGCCGCGCCGCGCUCGGCCAAGAAGCCGGCGCAGACGCACCCCGAGCCGCACUCCAACGUCGGCGCCGAGUCGCAGAUCCCGUACCCACUCUCGACCCGCGUCGCCCCGGGCCCGCCGCGCAGCCAGUCCCCGAAUGCGCGUGCUCUGGCCAUCGUGACGGACGUGCCCCUCGAGCGGCCCGUCUCUCGCUCGAUCCCCUCGCCCAUUGGCCCGCGCCCACAGCGUCCCCGCCCGGCGUCCGCCAUCGCCGCGGGCCGGAACUCGUACGUCGCCCCUGCAGGCACGUUCACGCCGAACCCGCAGGAAGCGCAGCGGUUCCUCGCGGCCCCCGACGCGCAGAACAUGUUCGUGUACCCGCAGCAUCGUGCGGUCCCGCCGCCGAUGGUGCGCGGGCCCGCGAUGUCCCCGCCUGGCUCCGCUGUGCCAGGGCCCGCGCACGGGCACCACCGUUCUUCACUUGGGGGAACGCUCACGGACGUGAUCCACUCCCCAGUGCCCAUGGCAGCGGCGGCGCUGCCGAUGAUAAGCGCACCGAAGGUGCCCGACGCGGCGCUUCAGCGCACGUUUGACGAGUAUGCCACGAUGGUGAAUAUGCAGGCGGCGUCGUGGAACGCGCGCGCGCAGGCACAGACACAGGAAGACGAGGGCCAACGUGGCGAGCAUAGGCGGGCACCGUCUACGACUGUGCCGCGCUACAGCGUGGUCGGGAACGCGAACGGGAACAAGGAGAAUUGGGACGCAGGCUCUGCGGCCGUGGGGAGACGGCUAUCGGCUCAUGCUGAAGGCGCGUACACCACCGGUGGGCUUGGAUUCGGGCACUCUGUUCCUAUGGCCAAGGAAAUGGGGAACAUGCUAUUUAUCAAUGAACCAGGCGCUGUUGGGAAAGAGCACAAGAAAGAGGCGCGGAAGAGCCGACCGGCUACGAUGGAUUUGCAGGGCCCAACUGUGCUGCAGAAGAGGGCCACUUUCUCGGUUAUUGGAUCGCCGCGGCCCCCGUCACCCCCCAACGCCGCGGUGCUGGUCAAUUCCCCGGUCGUGGGCGAGUUCAAGGGGUGGUUCUCGAACCUGUUCCACUGGAAGGUACAAUCGUAUCUGCUGUACUCGACGAACGACGUGGUCGCCACACGAAGCGAGACCACGCGUCUGCUCGCGCAGCUGGGCGUGAUGACGGUGCUGGAGGAGUACGCGGGGUGGAGUGUGCUCAAGUGUCGGCUGGACGAGCCGGGGGACGGGGCACAGAAGCAGAUGCGGUUCCGGGUCGAAUUUUCUGGUGCGCCGGGCACGCAGGCGUACUCGCAGCCGGGGACGACCCCGCGGUUGUCGCAGAUCCCUCCGUCGCCGCGCACGAGCACGUACGCGAUGCCGCGCGUGUCGGCGGUGCGGCUGGAGGGCGGGCGGGCGGGCGGCUUCGAGACGACGAUCGGGCUCGUGCUGGAGAAGGGGGCGGUGUCUACGUUCAAGAUGAUUUACCACCGGCUCCGCGGGGAGUGGCGGCUGGACACCCUGCAUUCGCCCCGCACUGUGGCGGGUGGGGGCGGGGUCACGCCGAACCUGGAGCCGCAGCGGUUCGUGGCGUGA